ACAGCUUUAUAGCCGACGACUGCGAGGACGAGGACGACGACGACGACGUUGGCGGCGAGGUUGAGGAUCGCAUAGCGGUUGAGGCAGAGGAGGAUCUUAGCUCGCAGACGCUUCGCACUGCAGCAAUAGUAGCUGCCGUAGCGGCCGCUGCCGCCGAACAGAGUAACAAGGAGAGAGCCGCGAAUACAGACUGCGAGAGCUACAGCGAUAGACGUGGACUCUCUGACGAGGAUGCAGACGAUGUGGCCAUUAUUUCUAGUGUGCGCAACGGGAAUGACGAUUCGCUCGAUGAUGUCGGUGAUGUUGAUGAUAAUGCCGAUGUCAUUAUAAGAAAAAAUACACGCAAUCGACCCUCAAUAAGGAGGACAUGUAGAAUAACCGAAGAGGACGACGACGACGAGGACGUAGUAGAGGACGAAUACGAGGACGAAAUAGGUGAGCCCGAGGGCACAACUAUUGAUAUUGAUGAGCAGGAGCAGUUGGCAGCACAACAGCAACAACAAGACGAAGACGACGCAAACGAAGGUGAGGACGGAGACGAAGACGAUUGCGAGUACUACGAGGAGGAGGAGGAGGACGACACACAAGCCUUCUCACCCUUCUACUCCAGCUCAGCGGAGCUAAUUGAUAAUUUUGGCGGACCCGGUUCCGGGAAAUUUUUCAACAUUAUGGAUUUUGAACGUGGCGCCACUGGCGGUGGCACCUUUACGCCAAACGGCAAUGGCGGCGCAGCCGGGGGAGGUGAAAUGACAAAUUCGGCACGCUACGAUGGCGGUGGUACGGAUCUUGGUGGCGGCAGCAAUAUAAUGGGCGUCGAUUCCAUGGGCAUUGCAAACAUUCCGGAAACUAUGAAUGGCACUACCAUUGGGCCCAGCGGAGCUGGUGGCCAGAAGGCGGGCGCAGCUGGUGCUGGUUCGAAGCGACCACAGCGUCGAGGAAAACCGCAACCAGACCGUCCACAACGUGCACUAUUCUGCUUAGGCCUCAAGAAUCCCAUUCGUGCCCUUUGCAUACGCAUUGUGGAAUGGAAACCAUUCGAAUUCCUCAUUUUGCUAACCAUUUUUGCCAAUUGUGUUGCCUUGGCCGUUUACACGCCUUAUCCGGGCAGCGAUUCGAACGUGACGAAUCAGACCUUGGAGAAAAUCGAAAACGUAUUCUUAGUAAUAUUCACAGCGGAAUGUGUUAUGAAAAUUUUAGCAUAUGGUUUUAUGUUACAUAAUGGUGCAUAUCUAAGAAAUGGAUGGAAUUUAUUAGAUUUUACAAUUGUAGUUAUAGGUAUGAUAAGUACAGCACUGUCCAAUUUGAUGAAGGAAGGCUUUGACGUGAAAGCUUUGCGUGCCUUUCGUGUGCUGCGUCCAUUGAGACUUGUAUCGGGCGUACCAAGUCUACAGGUUGUGCUUAAUUCAAUUUUAAAGGCCAUGGUGCCAUUGUUUCACAUUGCACUCCUGGUCAUAUUUGUAAUAAUCAUCUAUGCCAUCAUUGGUUUAGAAUUAUUCUCUGGUAAAUUGCACAAGUCGUGUCGUGAUCCGGUAACAGGUGAUUUGGAGGAUGAUCCCAGGCCCUGCGGCACUGGCUAUGAGUGUCCCUCGGGCAUGAAAUGCUACGACGACUGGGAAGGCCCCAACUCAGGCAUCACCAAUUUCGAUAACUUUGGACUGGCUAUGUUGACAGUAUUCCAGUGCGUAACCCUUGAGGGCUGGACCGACGUGCUGUAUUUUAUUCAAGAUGCUAUGGGUAGCACCUGGCAGUGGAUGUAUUUCAUUUCUAUGGUGAUUUUGGGCGCUUUCUUCGUUAUGAAUCUAAUUCUUGGUGUGUUGUCCGGUGAGUUCUCCAAGGAACGUAACAAGGCCAAAAAUAGGGGUGAUUUUCAAAAAUUGCGCGAAAAGCAACAAAUUGAGGAGGAUUUGAGGGGCUACCUCGAUUGGAUAACACAGGCCGAGGACAUUGAACCGGAUGCAGUGGGCAGUCUAAUGACCGACGGCAAAACCAAACAGCCCAAUGAGAUGGACUCCCUUGAGAAUCUGGGUGAGGAGAACCAGGAAAUGCAGCAAACGGAAUCACGUUGGCGCAAAAUGAAAAAGGAUUUCGAUCGUGGAAACCGACGCAUGCGACGUGCCUGCCGUAAAGCUGUUAAAUCACAAGCAUUCUAUUGGUUGAUUAUAGUUCUAGUAUUUCUAAAUACAAGCGUUCUAGCGACAGAGCACUACGGCCAGGAGGAAUGGUUGGACCAUUUUCAAGAAUAUACGAAUAUCUUUUUCAUUGGUCUCUUCACCUGUGAAAUGUUGCUGAAAAUGUAUAGCCUGGGUUUUCAAGGCUAUUUCGUAUCACUGUUUAAUCGUUUCGAUUGCUUUGUGGUAAUUGGCAGUAUUUCAGAAACCCUACUCACAAAUACGGGCAUGAUGCCCCCUCUGGGCGUUUCGGUGCUGCGUUGCGUGCGUUUGUUGCGUGUCUUUAAGGUCACCAAAUACUGGCGUUCGCUUUCAAAUCUGGUGGCUUCCCUGCUGAAUUCAAUUCAAUCAAUUGCUUCGCUUUUGUUACUGCUCUUCCUAUUCAUUGUGAUAUUUGCACUAUUGGGCAUGCAAGUAUUUGGUGGUAAAUUCAAUUUUGACGGCAAAAUCGAGAAGUCUCGCUCGAAUUUCGAUAGCUUUUGGCAAAGCUUGCUGACAGUGUUUCAGAUAAUGACCGGCGAAGAUUGGAAUAUGGUUAUGUAUGAUGGCAUUAAUGCCUAUGGUGGGGUCUCAUCGAUUGGUGCAUUGGCUUGUAUUUACUUUAUUAUAUUGUUUAUCUGCGGUAAUUAUAUAUUGCUAAACGUGUUCUUGGCCAUUGCUGUCGAUAAUUUGGCCGACGCUGAUUCACUGUCUGAUGUGGAGAAAGAAGAAGAACCAAUCGAUGAUGGAGGCAUGAAAAAGUCCCGCAGUCCCACGCCCACCAUUGACGGUGAGGAUGACGAACAUAUGGAAAUUGAUAUUGAUAUGGAUAUGGAUCAGGAUCAUGAGAUGGACGAUGAUAAAAUGGAUCAUGAAAGUCUAACCGAUGAGGAGGGUCGCGAGAUGUGUGAGGAAGAGCAAGAUGUGGAUGAAGAAGGCAUAAUAACGGCACGCCCACGCCGUAUGUCUGAGGUCAAUACGGCAACGAAAAUUCUACCUAUUCCACCGGGCACAUCAUUCUUUCUUUUCUCACAAACGAACAGGUUUCGCGUCUUCUGCCACUGGCUCUGUAACCACAGCAACUUUGGAAAUAUUAUAUUAUGUUGCAUUAUGUUCUCAUCGGCCAUGUUGGCCGCAGAGAAUCCAUUGAAAGCCGACGCCGAUCUGAACAAAGUGCUCAAUAAAUUUGAUUAUUUUUUCACGGCAGUUUUCACAAUAGAACUGAUUCUGAAAUUGAUUUCAUAUGGCUUCGUACUACACGACGGAGCCUUUUGCAGAUCCGCAUUUAAUCUAUUAGAUUUACUUGUGGUCUGUGUCUCAUUGAUAUCUCUAGCAUCCAGUUCGAAUGCGAUUUCAGUCGUGAAAAUUCUUCGUGUGCUCCGUGUGUUAAGGCCACUGAGAGCCAUUAAUCGCGCCAAAGGUCUCAAGUAUGUGGUCAAGUGCGUUGUAGUCGCGAUUAAGACCAUUGGUAAUAUCAUGUUGGUUACAUAUUUGUUGCAAUUCAUGUUUGCCGUUAUUGGAGUACAGCUCUUUAAGGGCAAGUUUUUCAGUUGCUCAGAUGGUUCUAAAAUGAUCGAGUCGGAUUGCCAAGGCACCUAUCUGAUCUACGAGGAUGGGGAUGUCCACAAGCCGCGUCUCAAGGAGCGCGUCUGGGAUAACAAUCGCUUUCAUUUCGAUGACGUGCCGAAAGCUAUGCUUACACUUUUCACAGUCUCCACCUUUGAAGGAUGGCCCGCAUUACUGUACGUUUCCAUCGAUUCCAAUACAGAAAAUGGCGGUCCAAUACACAACUUCCGUCCUGUAGUCGCUGCCUACUACAUAAUCUAUAUAAUUAUAAUUGCCUUCUUUAUGGUCAACAUAUUCGUCGGUUUCGUUAUCGUCACGUUCCAGAACGAGGGCGAACAAGAGUAUAAAAAUUGUGAUCUUGAUAAGAAUCAGCGUAAUUGCAUAGAGUUUGCAUUAAAGGCCAAGCCAGUGCGUCGUUAUAUACCGAAGCAUGGCAUUCAGUAUAAAGUAUGGUGGUUUGUCACCUCAUCAUCAUUCGAGUAUACGAUAUUCGUAUUAAUUAUGAUAAAUACGGUGACAUUGGCUAUGAAGUUCUACCAACAACCGGAAUGGUAUACAGAGCUACUGGAUGCACUAAAUAUGGUCUUUACGGCAGUUUUCGCCUUGGAGUUUGUCUUCAAGCUGGCUGCCUUUAGAUUUAAGAAUUACUUUGGCGAUGCUUGGAACGUUUUCGAUUUCAUCAUAGUCCUGGGUAGUUUCAUAGAUAUUGUCUAUUCGGAAAUUAAGAGCAAGGACACCUCACAAGUUGCCUGUGAUAUAGUCGAGGGCUGUAAAGCCAAAGCAAAACAGGCCGGCUCCAACCUCAUAUCCAUUAACUUCUUCCGCCUGUUCAGAGUCAUGCGCUUAGUCAAGCUGCUCAGCAAGGGCGAGGGUAUACGGACAUUGCUGUGGACAUUUAUAAAAUCGUUUCAAGCCCUGCCCUAUGUAGCCCUGCUAAUUGUGUUACUUUUCUUCAUUUAUGCAGUGGUGGGCAUGCAGAUGUUUGGCAAAAUAGCUUUGGAUAAUGGCAAUGCCAUAGACCGCAACAACAACUUCCAAACGUUUCAGCAGGCGGUCCUGGUGCUAUUUAGAUCGGCUACCGGUGAGGCAUGGCAGGAGAUCAUGAUGUCCUGUUCCCAGCAACCGGAUGUGAUUUGCGACGAAAACUCCGAUGCGCCUGGCGAGCAAUGUGGCUCCUCCAUAGCCUACCCUUUCUUCAUUUCGUUCUAUGUUCUUUGCUCAUUUCUGAUCAUCAAUUUGUUUGUCGCUGUCAUUAUGGACAACUUUGAUUAUUUGACCCGAGAUUGGUCCAUUUUGGGUCCACACCAUUUGGACGAGUUUAUACGCUUGUGGAGCGAGUACGACCCCGAUGCGAAGGGUCGCAUCAAGCACUUGGAUGUGGUUACAUUGCUGCGAAAAAUAUCACCACCUCUAGGCUUUGGCAAACUCUGCCCGCACCGCAUGGCCUGCAAGCGUCUGGUGUCCAUGAAUAUGCCCCUCAAUUCUGAUGGCACAGUGCUCUUCAAUGCUACGCUCUUUGCCGUCGUACGCACCUCCCUGAGCAUUAAAACUGAGGGCAACAUAGACGAUGCCAAUUCGGAAUUGCGCGCCACAAUUAAGCAAAUCUGGAAACGUACUAAUCCGAAGCUGUUGGAUCAAGUAGUUCCGCCGCCAGGCAACGAUGAUGAGGUGACAGUUGGAAAGUUCUAUGCCACCUAUUUGAUUCAGGACUAUUUCCGCCGCUUCAAGAAGCGCAAGGAACAGGAGGGUAAGGAGGGCCAUCCGGAUAGCAACACGGUUACGCUACAGGCCGGUCUCCGUACCCUCCACGAAGUGUCGCCGGCCUUGAAGCGUGCUAUAUCUGGUAAUUUGGAUGAGCUAGCCGAGGAGCCAGAGCCCAUGCAUCGCCGCCAUCACACGCUGUUUGGCAGCGUUUGGUCCUCAAUACGGCGUCAUGGCAACGGCACCUUCCGCCGCAGCGCCAAGGCCUCGCAGAGCAACGGCGCCUUGACCAUGGGCGGUGCAGCCGCUGCUGCCGCCGGCGUUGGUGGCAGCAGUCUGGUGCUGGCCAGCGGAGACCCCGGCGGCAACAACUACCUUUAUGAUAGCCUGAACCGCAGCGUGGCCGAUGGGGUCAAUCAUAUUACCCGGAAUAUAAUGCAGGCGCGCAUGGCUGCCAGCGGCAAGCUGCAGGACGAGCUGCACGGCAGCGGUGGGGAGCUGCGCACCUUCAGCGAAAGCAUUUCCAUGCGGCCGCUGGCCAAGAAUGGAAGCGGCAACAUGGGCGGUGCAAUGGGCGGCACACUGCCGCCCGAUGCUAAUGCGAUUUCUUAUGACAACCGCAAUCGUGGUAUUUUAUUGCAUCCAUAUAAUAAUGUUUACGCACCCAAUGGUGCUAUUCCUGGCCACGAGCGCAUGAUCCAAUCGACACCAGCUAGUCCCUACGAUCAGCGUCGUUUACCAACUUCAUCUGAAAUGAAUGGCUUAGCCGAAUCAUUGAUUGGAGGGGUACUCGCCGCUGAGGGUCUGGGAAAAUAUUGUGAUUCUGAGUUUUUGGGAACGGCCGCGCGUGAGAUGCGCGAGGCGCUCGAUAUGACACCCGAAGAGAUGAACUUUGCUGCCCAUCAGAUACUGUCCAAUGAGCACUCAUUGAGCCUGAUUGGUAGUAGUAAUGGCAGUAUUUUUGGAGGCAGUGGUGGCGUUGGCGGUGGAGCCGGAGGCAGCAGCAUCGGUGCUGCUUUCGGUGGCAGCCCCAGUGGGCCAUCAUCAUUCUCACCGCAACAUCUCUCUUCGGGCACUUUACAAUCACCACCGAUACCAGAUAAUCGUCUAAGACGUGUUGCCACAAUAACGACCACUAAUAAUAAUAAGUCUCAAAUUAGCCAAAAUAUUACUAAUAAUAAUUUAAAUAGUAGAAAUAAUAUUGUCACGCCUACGAACAGCCAAAGUACCGUACCGCUCUCACAACAGCAACUGCAACUGCAACAGCAGCAGCAACAACAACAACAACAGCAGUUGCAAUCGCCACAGCGAAGUCUGGGCGGCGGCAAAUAUAAUGCCACCUCAUAGCAUACGAAUUGUAGUUCGGUCCUGCAAAAUGUCUUCUUGAUGGAAUUUUAAAAAUUGUAUAGUGAAUAGAAGAAUGGGAAACCCCAAUAAAAUACGAACAAUUUUGUAUAAUUUUUAGCAACAAACAAACAAACAAACAAACGUGCGAUUUGUAAAACAUCAACCAAUAUUAAUAAUUAAACAAAAAUGAGACACAAUUAAGGAGAAUAUUAUAGCCAGAAAUUUGUAAAACUUGUAAAAAGAGAAAUUGUAUGUAUAACUGAUUGUUUGCCUUUUUGAUAAAGUCUAUGAUGGUUUAUCGUCCUUUAUGAACAAAAAGAAUAAAAAUAUAGAAAACAAAUACUAUAAACAAAAAUAUUGUAGUAUAUUGAAUGAAUAUAUAUAUAUUUUUUAAAACAACUGCUAAGUGAAGCUGUCACUACGUGAAAGAAUUGAAACCACAACUGCAGCAACAAUUAUUUGAUUAAUUAUUAUAAUCACCAAUAAACAUAAAGUGAAAACAUGCAUACUACAUACAUAUAUAUUGUAAUUAUUUCUAUUGUACGCAUUUUAUUUUGUAAGUAUUUAAAUGAAACGUAAAUAUGUAUGGAAUUGUUUAACAUUUAA